AUGGAGGGGACCGCGGAGUCCCAGGCGCCCGACCUGCGAGACUUGGAGGGCAAGGUGGGCAGGAAGACCCCUGAAGGGCUGCUGCGCGGGCUGCGAGGCGAGUGGGAGCCAGGGACCGCUGGCGCCCUGCUGCUCCCGGGGGCAGCUAGCACGGGCCAUGGCCUGGGGGACAAGAUCAUGGCGCUGAGGAUAGAGCUGGCUUACCUGCGAGCUAUAGACGUGAAGAUCCUGCAACAGCUGGUGACCUUGAAUGAGGGCAUCGAGGCAGUGCGCUGGCUGUUGGAGGAGCGGGGGAUGUUGACCAGCCACUGCAGCAGCCUCACCAGCAGCCAAUACAGCCUGACAGGUGGGAGCCCAAGCCGCUCGAGACGGGGCAGCUGGGACAGCCUGCCAGAUACCGGCUCCACUGACCGCCUGGACAGUGUCUCCAUCGGCAGCUUCCUGGACACGGUGGCCCCCAACGAGCUGGAUGGACAGGCCCCCCCUGGGCCUCCCCGGCCAGAGAUGGACUGGGCAAGGGUUAUACCCGGCGGGGAGAGGGUUAGGACUGAGGUGGACCUGACAGCUACCAGACUAGGGGGAUUGAGCGUUGGGUGGAAGUCCCCAGGGGAGGGACUCCAAGGUGGACUGCCUGAGCCACCAGAGGAUGAGAGUGCCAAGCUGGGCUUCGAGGCCCACUGGUUCUGGGGACAGUGCCAGGAUGAUGUGACCUUCUUGUAAAUGUUUCCUGUGGCUUCUCUUAUCUCUAGGCCCUGGUCUCCCUUAAUACUCUCUCUUAAUCUGGGACUAGUAAGAGGCUGCAUUGAAAUCAGCAUGCCGUGGUUACCAUGGAAACCUGGCCUUACCAUGCCCUUUGGUCCCUGGGGAGUCUCUGGCCUUUACCCCUCAAGUAUUGAGUCCCUACAACUAUUUCCAUACAAACAUUGAAUCUAGAGGCUUGGCCUGUGGCUUCUGGUGUGCUGAUAUCCACACCUACCCACUAGGUAAGGAUUUGAGGGAUUUAGGACCCCUAGGGGAAUCACUGGUGAAGAGACGGGUGAGAUUACCUCACCCAAUGUUUAGGACCAUUGGCCCCACUCCUCGCCAAGGGGGAGGAUUGAGGAAAGACAUGGACACUCAGGGCCAUCCCUCCAUGGAUUGGCCCUCCCAAAAGCCUUUGGAGUAGAACCACCCUUCCUGUCUGUUGAGUGAUGUCAUUUCCUGCCAGGAGGGAUGAACACUUCCUCUGUACCAGUCCUUGGUUGGAGAUAGGUCAGUAAAGAGGUGUCUGAUCCCCUGCUGCUAAGUGACACUAUAUCAUUUAUUGUCCAUACCAUUACUUUUUGUGAGUGGGAACACAUUACUCCCUCUGGCAGGAAAUUUUCUCACUUUCUGUCAGGUGUUUGUGCUUGUUUUCAGAAAGGUUCUUACUUCCUGAACAGGGUGUUCUCAUUUUAUCCUAGAUGAUCUCCUUUCCUCUGUGGCUGCUUCCCUGUCUUUGGUGCCAGUACGCCUAUCCCUGCGCUUUUAGGGAGGGAAUUUGGCAAAGGCCUCUACCUACUCCUGUCAAUAAAUUCUGUUUGGCCCACCCCUGCCACAGUUCCCUGUCUUACCC